AUGCUCCUUGGACCACUUUGUCUGUCUUGGAUCAGCAAUAGACAUCAGAUAUCUACUGCUUCCAAUCCUUCAGUCUUAGGUACAGCUCAAACUGCCUGGGAUCUGUUAGAAACGAGAUCAGAUAUUUAUUCCAGUAGCCCACAAUCUGUGGUUGCCCAAAUUCUCUUGGGUAACAAAAAAGGUCUUAUGUCACCCUAUGCCCUUUACUCGGCUUUGCAUGCUCGAAAAUCAGACGCGUACAUGAACAUACAGUCGUCUCUACAAUAUUCUUGUAGACCAAAACACUGGGAAGCUCACUUGCAAAGGUUCCAACAUGCGGCGAGCGUUAUUACCUCGGUCAUGUAUGGUAGGCGUGUCAAUAACAUCAACGAGUGGAUUGUAAAAGGGAACAUGAAAGCUAUGGACAGAAAGUAUAUUGUAGAAUUGUGGUCCUGGCUCCUUCACUUGCCUUGGUUCCAUACUGAGCCUGAAGCUCGCCAAAAGCGGGACAUUGAUUCGUACAUGCAUCUCCUAGGAGAUGUCAAAGCACGCGUAGCAAAAGGAACCAUCCAACCUAAAGAUUGUCUAACAACGCAAAUAAUCGACGAAAUGCUCAAGUGGGGGUUGCCUAUUCGGUCAAUGCUUCACUUUCCUCAUGUCAUAAGGAAGGCACAGGCUCAGUUACAUAAUGUCAUCGGGCCUGAUCGUAUUCCAGACCUUCUGUGCACCGACGCGCUCAUAGACGGGACCCUGCGAUGGCGGUCGGUCGCUGUGCUAUGGGAAACGCCAUAUACUCUCACACAGGAGAAUGAAUAUCAGGGCAUAUGCGCUAUGCCUAAGAACUCAGCGGUUUUUGCUAACUUGGCGGGUAUCGUGCACGAUGUCACUAUGUUCCCUGACCCGGAUGAUUUUCCUACCCGAGCGGCUACUGCUAGUACUGACCCACAACUUCAAGCCUUUGACCUAGAAUUUGCACGCACGCGGGUCCCGGCAUGUAUCAAUAUCAAUUCGCUCUUCAUCAAUGUUUCCAGUAUCCUCUGGGCGUUUAAUACUACCCCUUCUAUCGACUUACCAGACACCCGGAAUUAUACCAACGGAUUCAAUUCUCGUCCGGUCAGCUUCGAUUGCAUGGUUGCUCCACGUGCGACAAAGUUGCCGAAUUGCUGA